ACCGCUCCCUCAGGCCUGAAUGUGGCUGCUGCCUCUGCGAAUGGACGGCGUGGGAGGAAGAAUGGCUUCUGCAAGGAAAGCCAGCUGUCCCAUGCGCGAUCUUUUUGGUGACUUCAGUGACACUUCCUUAGAAGAUUCAACAAUGGAAGAAAUCAGAAACUUCCAGAUCAGUAGAAAUCUUACCAAAACAGCACCUGGUCAUAGCAGAUUUCUAAAAAGAAACCAAACUCUAGGUGAGAAACACUUACUCCUGAAAGAGAACCCUGUACUGGGGAGUGGACCCAGCCUUGCCUCAAGUAGACCACCCACCACUGCCUCCAGGAUCCGAGCCAAUGCCGCACUCAUGAAGCUGGCCCAGCUGGAAACCCGGAUCAUGAAUCGGAAGCUGCAGAGGAAUUUGUCUGACACAGAAUCUGACUCAGUGACCACCAAUGCCAGUCUUCCAAAGAGAGCUGACAGAAUCCUCUCUGGGGGUGCAAUCGAACUUGCGUCCCAGAACACAGACAACUCUUCCCAGACUCAAGCCCGUCAACUUCCUGUCACCGAAAAUAAUGCACAGAACACAAAAGUCAGUAGGUUUCUAAAGAAGAAACAACCAUCUGUUGAAAACAUAUCCCCUGAAGCACCUGUUGGGAAAGAGAGGACUUUGCAAACCCCCAAACAGAAAGAACCUGCUAGAACAUUUGAUUCUCCAGACAGUGACGAAGAAGAAAUGAAAGUAUUGCUAGGAAGCUUGAUGGACUCUUCUAGAGAAAAAAAGACGAGUCAAGGCUUCAGCAGUGUUAACGUCAGUGAGGAAGAAGAAAGAAAACUAUUUUUGGUCCCAUCUCAGCCAAGAGCAUUUACUGUACCCAGUGUGGAACUCUCCAGCGCAAAGCCGUCUCAGACAUCACACCUGCCAACCUCCCUGGCAGCAGAGAGAACCCUUCACAGCGCUCGCUCAAGAGCAGACUCCCCACAGAGUCACGUUUCCGGUGACACCACCUCCCACACGCCGUCAGUUUCCAUCACAGGCGCCUUUUCAGAAUCAGCGUCUUUAAGAAUGGGGCACGUCAAGCUUGCAUCCUCCCCUGGAAGGAGUGAGGCUGAGCCAGUGGAUGAACCGGUCUCAGAAGAGUUUAGAAUAAAUAUUUUAUCGCUUGACGAUCUGUCUCCAGUUGUCAGUGAGAACUCCGAUUUGGAACAGGAAGAGGAAACUGCUCAGAGAGAGAAAACAGCUGGCAAAAUCUUCAGAGCUGAGGUGUCCGCUGGGGCGGAUGCCCCCAGGCAGGCCCAGGCGAGGAGCUGGGCAUCACAGGGAAAGGCCGCCUCUGCGGAGGGGGAUGAGAGCGAGGUCUCAGAGCAUCUCAGUGCCAGCUCAGCUCCUGCCAUCCAGCAGGACAGCACUUCCAGCACGCAGCCACCAUCUGAAGCCCCCAUGGUGAACACAGUCAGCUCAGCUUAUUCUGAGGAUUUUGAAAACUCUCCAAGUCUGAUGGCAUCUGAGCCAACCGCCCGUUCCAAGGAGUCUCUUGACAGAACACUGGACGCUCUGUCUGAAUCCUCUUCAAGUGUGAAGACAGACCUUCCACAAAUAGCCGAGUCUAGGAAAAAAUCGGGCAGGCACAUGACAAGGGUGCUUGUGAAGGACACAGCUGUGCAGACGCCAGACCCCACCUUUACCUACGAGUGGACCAAGGUGGCCGGUAUGGCAGCCAUGGGGCCUGCCCUGGGAGGUGCCUACGUGGAUCCGACACCCAUUGCCAAUCAUGUUAUCAGUGCGGAUGCAAUAGAAGCCCUGACCGCCUACAGCCCGGCCGUGCUGGCGCUCCAUGAUGUGCUGAAGCAGCAGCUGAGCCUGACGCAGCAGUUCAUCCAGGCCAGCAGGCACCUGCACGCCUCCCUCCUGCGCUCCCUGGACGCGGACUCCUUCCAAUACCACACCCUGGAGGAAGCCAAAGAGUACAUUAGGCGCCACAGACCUGCCCCGCUGACCAUGGAGGACGCCCUGGAGGAGGUGAACAAGGAGAUGUGAGCACCAGCAGGUGGAGCUUGAUGUGACAUCUAACAAAAGCAAAGCACUGCAGCAUCCCAGCGUUACCAGUGUGGCAGUUAAGACAGGAUCUUACGGCGGGGUGGGGCUCCUGGACCGUGACCGGCGUCGUCUUCCUGGGGAGUAUGACUUGGACCGGGACCGUGACUGGGACCGGGAGCGGCUUCUGGAGGAGCGCGACCUGCUCCGACUUCUGCAGGGAAGGGUGCCCAAUGGUCAGCAGCAGCCAGGCGUCAUGGGGAGGCCACAGGAAGAGGCCUCGGGCACUGCCCUCCUGCGGCAGCCUCUGCCUACCUGGAUCUGGAGCGGGAGUAGGAGCGGGAGCAGGAGCGCGACCUUGACCUUGAGUACGAGCCUGAAGACUUGGAGGAUCUUGAGUUGGAGCGGGAGGAAGAACGCCCUCGACUCUUGGAUCUGCUCCGAGACCUUGAGGGUCCACUGUGGGGAGAGGCCUGAUGAUCAGGUGCCCCCGUGGCAGCCCACCCUGGCCCUCAGGUUCCUGGACGACCCCAGAUGCAGGGGUGUGGCUGUGGAUGUGGUGCCAUAGCCACACAGCGGUAUCAAGUUCCUAAACAGUGUGGCCGAGCCUGCUGCUGUGUGAAUUCAGGCCGUGUGGAAAACACCGCCCCACAGGCACGGGCUGUGUAAGGGUGGACGUGCUGAGCGCGUCUGGGGUCUACUCUAAGCCCUCCCAUCGCAAGCUGUGGGCCCUGGCCGCCCGGCCGCUGCAGACAUCUGUGCUUUACCUGUUCCUCUUCUCCUGGCCUUUCCUCCGCCGGGCCCGCAUUUUUGCUCGGAAGAACUCAUAGAGGCCGUUCUGCUCCCAGCCUUCACUGUAAGACACGGCAUUCCCUGUGUGGCCACGUGACGCCCACUCACAGGAACUCGUGGAAAAGUCAUCAGGAGUUAAUCCACAGAACCUUGGAGAGUACAUGGCCCUGUGGCUGUGGGCUCCGAGCAUGGGUGCAGCGGACCUUGGCUCAGCGUUCCCACCGGGCUGUCCUCCUGCAGCCCAGUGGCUCCUCUGGUGCCCACGCCCUUGCCACCCUGCUGUUCCACUGAGGUGGUGGGGACUCAUGGUCUGUAGAACUGGGGAACAGGAACACUGACUCAUGGGUGGACAGGCCUGCAGCCUGGCACAGAAAGAAGGGGUGACCACGGGGAAGGGUGGGCUGACGGCCCUGUGGCGGCCAGCUGCUUGAGACGUGCCGCCAUACCACACCUUCCCUAAGUUCUUCUGAUGUGUCUCCAUUAAAAUGCCCUCCACUGAGGGCCACGUGUGUGCUGUG